UGUAACUUGUAUGAUGCAAAUGACGUAUUUUGAAUAGUUGCUCCUUGGCUUAUCUCGGGCGGGCUGAGUCAUUUCGUUAACGUGUGGAUACAAGUAUCAGGUGGACCGAAAUAUGAUUUAUCUCUAAAGGCGACUACGUAAUGCGAACAAAUAUUACCGCGCGAUAACCAUGACUAUUGUUUCCUGUUCAUGUCUCGGCUGGUCGAGAUUGUCGAAGACAGCUCGCAGAUUGUAGACUUCGAGCGACCUUGAUAACGGUCAAUGAGCUCACACGAAGAUAACCAAUCUUAAUUGUCGACACGUUAUUAGACCGAGCGUUUGUUGCAUGCAUUGUCCGUUCAACUUAACCUGUUGAUCGCGCUAAAUAAUAAAACGUAGAAGAGCGCAGUAAAUACACAGAACACGAUGAAGCUUCAGGCGAUCGUGUUUUACGCGAGCAUAACCAAUCGGGCAAACAACAAAUUUCUUGUUUCCAUAAAUUUCUGUCCGCUGUGACGUAAUUGCUGCUGCCCUAGGCAUUGAAAUCGUUCAGAGCCUCGGAAUGAUCGCCGCAAGAAUCAAGUAAUAAGGAAACCAAUAUUAUUGUAGCAGUGCACACUGUUGGAGUCUGCAUGGAAAUCGAGAAACGGGGAAAUUAAUCGAGAUUGAUGAGCAGCCUGAUUUGAUCCGUGUAAACCCGUAAACUAGGUCACGGUCACAAACCACCAGAUUAUACAGGGUGUUCGUUUUAGCAAUCACGAAGACGUCACAACGUUUUCGCGAGAUAAGAAAGUGAUGCGGCAGGAAGAAAGAUAAAAUAAACGUGACUCAACGCGAACUAUUCAUGAGUUCAAUGUUUAUGCGUUUCUCAUGAAUAGCUGCAUAAAAAAAACCCAGGAUAUAACAGAAUACACCUACGGUAUAUAUGAAAAAUGAAAACAGGAAAUCUGUAUAGAAAAUCGAGACGGGCGUGCGGCGUUGAUUCACGCGACGGAAAACAACGGCAAUUUGGCGCGGUUCAAAUAAACGUUAAUUUGGUCAAUAAGCAGGUGGUGCGUUCCGUUCGUCCGUGUCUGGUUUCACGUAACACAUCGUAGGAUCCGUGAAAGAACGGAGGCCGAGAAAGCCAUUGUCGCGUAUAUAUAUAUAUACAUAUAUACCAGAUUAAUUAUUAACUAAUCUUUUUCGGAACGAUGAAUCGUUCGAAGCUGAUCGAACUGACAUCUGGCAGUGGCCCGUGCAACUGUCACGAAGGUAAACAUAGUGCCGGAGAUCUCCGAUAAAUCGAGUGUCGAAGGGAAACCGUGAAGAGCCAAUAGCGGGAAGGUUUGCUCGUAUAAAUUUUCGUCGGUCACCUUGAACAUCGAGCAAACAUUUUCUGCGGAGAACUAAUCGCAUCGAUGAAACUGUAUUCCUUGCCUUUACGCUGCCUACAGCGAGGUCUCCCGGUAGAAUUGCAACGGGGCCUGGACGCGGACACGCUGAAGUACCUGAAACCGGAAGCGGUCCUUAGCGAACAAAAUCGGAGAUCGUUCAUCGAGAAGUUCCGCGCUCGUAGGAUCACGAAGGAGUCCGAAGAGAAAGUAAAAAACCGGGCCGCUGUUCUGGUGCCAUUAUGCAAACACGAGGGCGAGCUGGGAUUCCUAUACACUCUGAGGUCCACGAAGUUGACCUCGAAUCGGGGCCAGGUCUCGUUCCCAGGCGGCAUGUACGACGAUAGCGACGGCAAUCUCGAAGAGACUGCUUUACGGGAGACUUGGGAGGAGCUCAAUAUACCGAGGGAGAAGAUCGACGUCUGGACUUCCGGUAACACGAUCAACAAGAAGAACCUUCACGUGAUGCCCGUGUUCGGGUAUAUCGGCGAGGUCGAUCCGAAAAAGCUUAAUAUCAACGCGAACGAAGUGGAGGAGGCUUUCUUUCUUAGCUUAAGAAACCUAUGCGACCUGUCCCUGUGUCGGUACACCCAGUUCCGUGAGAAAUACUGUAUGCCGGUUUAUUUGGGCGGGAAACACCGUGUCUGGGGUUUCACCGCGAUAGUCACUCACAUGGUUUUGAACGACCUUGUACCUGAUGCUUACAAACACAAGCUCGUGUUCAUACAGCCGGUUCUGCCGAAAAUAAAAAACAAGAUCAAAGACAACGUUGUUCGUCCAACGUGAAACUCUGUACCGAGCAAAUUGUACUUUAUAUCCUCGACUGCCAUGCCACCACCCAUGACUAUUGUAAUUGAUUGUAUAAAGACUUAAUGAAAUUGUU